AUGAUCAAAUGCCUGGCAGAAGAUGUGCGAGCCAGGCUGCGCUCUGGAGUGACUGUGGGCUCGCUGGGGCAGUGCGUCGAGGAGCUCGUCCUCAAUAGCAUUGAUGCCAAGGCAACAUGUGUCGCUGUCAGGGUGGAUCUGGAAGCCUUUAAGAUCCAGGUGGUGGACAAUGGUUCUGGGAUGGGGAGAGAAGACUUAAAUAAAAUGGGGAAGUGGUACUUCACUAGUAAAUGCAGCUCAGUUGAGGACUUGGAGAGCCUGAAAUACUAUGGCUUUCGAGGGGAGGCUGUGGCAAGCAUAGCAAACAUGGCCAGUGUGGUGGAAGUUUCAUCCAAGACCAACAAGACGGCAAAAACUUUUGUGAAGCUGUUUCACAACGGGCAAGCGUUGGAAGUCUAUUUUGAUGUUUCAUCAGGUAAGACAAUAUACGUCAAUAGAACUACUGGACUGAGCACUUACAGCACUCCCCCUACAAAAGAGUUCCAAGCUGCCUGCACUAAAGAUAUAAUGACGAUGGCCGUGAAUGUUGUCUCAGAGAAUGGGUUUCAGUGCAGGUGCCAUCCCUUUAGAAGUGAGAUUGUGCUACCCUUCCUUCCUAGACCUCGGAAAGAGAGGACUGUAGCAAGCCAGGAUCCGAGAGAUGCUGAAGGGGAGUCGCUCCAGUCACUGUUUUCAGAAUGGGAUAAUCCUGUUUUUGUUCGCUGCCCAGAGAUUGCUAUUGAUGUGACUAGCAGUCAGGCUGAGAAUUUGGCUGUGAAAAUUCAUAAUAUCUUGUAUCCUUAUCGUUUCACCAAAGACAUGAUUCAUUCAAUGCAGGUUCUUCAGCAAGUGGACAAUAAAUUUAUUGCUUGCUUAAUCAACACUAGGAAUAAAACGGAUAAAAAAGCAGGUGGAAACCUGUUGGUUUUGGUGGAUCAACAUGCAGCUCAUGAACGGAUCCGCCUGGAGCAGCUUAUUGCAGAUUCCUAUGAGAAGGAGGCUGCAGCACGUGGCAAGAAGAAAAUAAUGUCGUCCUCCAUCUGUCCCCCUUUGGAAAUUGAAGUAACAGAGGAACAAAGAAGAUUAUUACGAUGCUGCCACAAAAAUUUUGAGGAUUUAGGCCUUGAAUUAUCAUUUCCUGAAACCAACCAUUCCUUGAUUCUAGUGGGGAAAGUGCCGCUAUGUUUUAUAGAAAGAGAGGCCAAUGAGUUACGACGGAAAAGACAACCUGUCGCCAAAAGCAUUGUGCAGGAAUUUAUUCAAGAACAAGUUGAGGGGCUAUUAAGUUUAAUGACAGUUUGACUUUAGAGGAGAGCUGUCAGCUCAUUGAAGCUUUGUCAUCGUGCCAGCUGCCCUUCCAGUGUGCUCACGGGAGACCUUCCAUGAUGCCCC